GUCAAGCCAAGGAUGUUGGAAGAAGACACAAAGAAGAGGGAAGUGCCGGCUUACCGGGGGACGCGUAGCCCACCGCGGCGUUGUUUGCCGGAUAAACACAACCUGCUCAUGAAGACCACGCCAGCAAUUUACUGUCACAGAAGAUUAUCAGGAUGCCAUCACAAGAGGAGGAAAAGCCCCCUCCUAAUGGGAGCCAGUCUAAUAGCCGUCUAAAGAGCAAGAAGCCACCCAGUCUUGUCAUAGCAAUACCGACAGCAAAAGAAAUGUCCUAUGACCCCACAAAACAGCCCCUUCGGCCAGCUUUGAAGAAAUACACGAGUGGGCAAGCAACCAGUUCGGUGUCAGAGAGUGUCAGCGGAACCGGAGAUGGAGGCCUGUCAGCCUCAGAGAGAAGGGAAAAGUUUGGAAGACAGACCUCACUCUCACAAAGUAUUCGCAAGAAUACAGCCCAGUGGUUUGGGGUUGGAGAAGACUGUGAGACUAAGCAGCAGGUUUGGCAGAGGAAGAGUCUGCGCCACUGCAGCCAACGCUAUGGCAAGCUGAAGGCCCAAUACAGAGAGCCUGAUACAGCCUUGAGCAUCGACCAGAGCGUGGAAUCACCAGCCCCACAAAAGAUGCCUAAGAUUGUAGACCCCCUGGCACGGGGACGAGCAUUUCGUUAUCCAGAGGACUUAGACACUCGCUCCCCCAAGGCUCCCUUCACCCCUGGGGUCACCUCACUUAGUUCCUUUACCAGCCAGCCCUCUGGGUACAGUCACUUUCCCAAACGUAAGAGGGAGUCCGUCGCCCGCAUGAGCAUUCGUGCUGCAAAUAACCUGCUAAGGGGCCGAAGCGGCUUAGCGAGUUCCCUGACAGGUCGCAGCUAUCCCAGGAGGAGCUUUGUCAGGCCCAGCUGGCAGGACGAUGAGACUGUGGACUCGGCAGACAUGUCUGAGUCACUCUUUUUCAGUAAGGUUGAUGUUCAUGAUGAGUCGUACUCUAUGGCUGAUGACGUAUUUGAGUCACCACCAAUGUCUGCCGCUUUUGCCCCAAGUGAGGAUCCAGACCACAAAUUCUCAAGCCUCAUGCCCAUAUCUUGUAAGGAUGCAUCUCGAACACCCUGCACACCAACAGCAGUACAGGAGAAAAGUCAUCCUCGACGCGGGGGUCGCAUCGCUUCCCAAGUGAAGCAUUUUGCUUUUGACAGCAAAAAGCGUCACUAUGGAAUGGGAGUUGUGGGCAAGUGGCUUAACCGGCACUAUAGACGCAGCAUCAGCAGCACCAUCCAGAAGCAGUUGGAUGACUUCCACAGCCACAGGCCUUACUUUACAUACUGGAUCACUUUUGUCCAUGUUGUCAUCACAUUGCUGUCAUGCUGUACUUAUGGUUUUGCACCUGUAGGGUUUGCACAACAUUCUAAAACUGACCUAGUGCUGAAGAACAAAGGCAUCUAUGAGAGUGUGAAGUACAUCCAACAGCAGAACUUUUGGAUCGGUCCAAGAUCUGAUGACCUGAUUCAUUUAGGAGCCAAGUUCUCUCCAUGUAUCCGUCAAGACAAACAGAUAGUUCAUCUGAUUCAGAAGGCCAAAAAUUUGGAGAAAGAGUCAGGGUGUUGUGUUCAAAAUGACAACUCCGGAUGCGUGCAGACUCUACAAUCUGACUGCUCUGAGACAUUGGCCACUUUCAUAAAAUGGAACAAUGAAUUUGUGGACAACUUUAGGUCCUCUGGCUCUGUCUGUCAUCAGGAUCCCAGAAUAUGUGAAGAGCCUGCAUCUGCAGAGCCGCACAUGUGGCCAGAUGACAUCACCCAGUGGCCGGUGUGUACACUUCCCAAAAGGUGGAACCAUACAGGCUACAGACAUAUGGACUGUAACAUCAAGGGGCGACCUUGCUGCAUUGGCACUAAGGGCAGGUGUGAGAUCACAACCAGGGAAUAUUGCUCCUUCAUGCAUGGCUACUUCCAUGAGGAUGCCACACUAUGCUCACAGGUCCAUUGUCUGGAUGAUGUUUGUGGCUUGCUGCCCUUCCUCAACCCUGAUGUGCCUGAUCAGUUCUACCGUUUCUGGCUGUCCCUUUUCCUCCACGCUGGGUUGCUACACUGUGUGGUAACAGUAGUGUUUCAGAUGACCAUAUUGAGAGACUUGGAGAAGCUGGCUGGUUGGGUGCGCAUAUCCAUCAUUUACAUCUUUAGUGGUAUCACUGGAAACCUUGCCUCUGCCCUCUUCCUGCCCUACAGAGCUGAGGAAUCAAGGCCCAUGGGUUUGGAGGAAGACGGGUGAAGAACAGAACCCAAGUUGCUUGAAGUCCAGUGUGAAGUUUCCACAGUCAGUUCUGAUUUGGGAUGCAAUGUCCAGUGCCAGUGUUGGUAAACUCUUUCUUAAAUCCAAGGUCACCGUAACAGUCUCCCAAAAUGUACUUCAGGACUUCAGGAUUCCUUCUGCUAAGGAUCUUUAUGGAGAUGCAAAUUUCAUCUUCCUGCAGGACCUGGACCCUGUUAAGACUCCCAGAAGCACCAAUCAGUGGUUGACUCGUCAGCCAAUUUGCUGGAUCUAAACCCCAAUGACAAUCAAUGAGGUAUUAUCAAGAUGAAAAUGAGGGGUACCAGACCCAAAAACAAAGAACAGACAGCAAGCAUCAAGGACAUCUGGGCUUCCAUAACUCCCAGGCAAUGUCACAGGCUGAUGGCUUCAAGGCCACAGCACAUCGGGGGAGUGAUUCAAGCAAAGGGAUUCCCAACCAAGUAUAGAACAUUGCCCUAUUGUUUUAAAAGUACAGUGGAGCCUUCCGGAAGUCGCUUCGUAAUGUGAAACUUUCAUAAGUAGAAACGCAUUUUACAUGUAAUUACUCAUUAAAUUCUUGAUCAGCAAAUUUACUGUUUUCUGCUUUGUGCUAUUGUUGGGAUACUCACUCACAUCCUGCUGGUCCAAUCAAUAUUAGUGUUAGUAAUAUAUUUUGUAGACUAUCACACGAUUCUUCACUUUAAACUGCUCCCUUUGCAUAAUUGUCAUUGCACUAAUAACGGGAACUGCAAACGGUUAAAGAGACUGUGCAAGCUUUACACAAUGUGGGACGUUGACUGCUUAUCUCUUACCUGUUCUAAAUAAAGAAGAUUUUACAUCUUGCUCGACUCCUAUAAGGAAUAGUUCCUAUAAAUAGAAAUGCCUUUUGUUCUUUGUUGUUGUUACUUUGUUGUUCUUGUUGUGUUUGUCGUACCAGGGCAGCACCGACUGCCAGACAAAAAUUCCUUGUGUGUUUUUACACACUUGGCUAAUAAAGCUGAUUCUGAUGUAAAUAGCCCAAACCAUUCCAUUUCGUCAACACGUCUUUAUUUCUGACUGACGGAAUGGUGGCUGCUUCCUCCUCAAAGCCACCAACUGCUCCUGCAUUGUCAUGUGUUGCAUCGCCUCCAGACUUUAGCUUCUCCCUCGAAAGAUCCUUGUGGUGAACCAACUUGUCAAUGUCAUCCUUAGCCUUUCUCAGCGAAAAUAUUUCCUCAACUUCAGGUUCAACCUCCACUUCGAACCUCUCAAGUUGAGCAGCAGCAGCAGCUAUGAAGCCACUUGCUUGCACGUCUUUUUCAUAUUCUUCGACAAUUUCUUGUUUUGUUUUGAUGGACAAAGCAACUCUCUUCUUCUCCUCACUGGCACUGCCCAUCAAUUUCUUGGGGCCCAUGGUGAAUAAGAAUGAAUAAAUCCAUGAAAAAGUUGAACAGUGCAAGUGUCCGCAAGCGUAUAACAAUAGAUUCAGUGACAAACAUACAAUAAGUAUGUCACGGAUAAAGAUUGACUUUUCCAUGAUAUAAUUUUUUGAAAAGGAUCUAGUCUUACUUUAUGCUGAGGUAUACAUGCUGUUUGUGUGUCCAUUUUUUGUGGAAUGUGCUCCCUUCAGAAUAAAAAGAAACAUCCAAACUAGUGACCAAAUAAGGCAAAAGUAGUACAUAAUUACUGCAUGUCAAUGUGUUCUGGAUAUUUUUGGCACUGAUGAGUGGAACAAUUUGUCUCAUACCCAUUGUUGUUGUCUGUUGUUUUUCCUGGCGUUCCCGGUCAUUGGUUUAAUGCGGCUUACUUCACCGUGUAGUUACUGGAGAAGGUUUCCCCUUCUAAGGAUUAUCAAAGGAGACUUGUCCUUCCAUCUACACAUCACAAAUCAUGAUGUACCAACUGCUCAAAUGAACCUUCGACUCGAGAUAUUCACUCGAUAACAUUCUAGCAUGUGUCCAACUCUGUCACAUUGCAAUGACAAUGAAAUGAUAAUUGAAGUAUUUUAACCGUAUCAAAAAAUAAUACCUGGCUGUCUUAUUUCUAGCACACCUUUAAACAUAGAAAAAAACACACAUUUAAUCCAUUUGUUGAAUGCGUCAUUUGAAAUUUGACAGAUUAUGUCUGUCAUGUUUCCUGCGUAGAGAAACGAUACAUUUGAUAAUUUGAUAAUUACAUGUUGAUCUGCAAAUUGAUUGUGGAAAAUAAUAUUUUCAAGUUUACGUACUUUUUAUUGUUAAGCCUGUUUUCCCGUGUUUGUGUUUCUGUGUCUGUGAAAGGCCACUUUCUCCUAUUUUGGAAUUAGACUAAAUCCUUUGUGUGGCCAAACAGAGGCCAUUGCUAAAUGGGAUUGUUCACUGUUUUAUUCUGAGAUAAUUCUUGUGUUGCUGAGACUUGCCUGGUACUCAUUUUUGUACUCACGCUUUAUUGUAAAUUGAAAGUUCAUCCAGGUACACCAUUUAAAAAAAAAAAAAAAAGACAAAAUAGUUAAAUAUUUAAACAAUCAACACAUUAUAUAUCAAUAAAUAUUGACUGAAUACGGAUUUAACCAUUUCCUACGUGAGUUUUAGUAGGACUUCAUAUGUGUUGCACUAAUUAAAUCAAAACUGUGAUAACAAGGGUAGGAAAAAUUACUCAAACUUUCAAAAAACUUUGAAUGGGAGGUGUAGCUCUGGAAUUUAGAAAAAAAUCCCAGGUCGGAAACUUUCAAUGGGAAGUAACUUGAAUCCGAACAGCAUGAAUCACCUGUAAAUGUAUUUUUAUGUCAUUUUGAAACACCCCCCCCACCACCACCACCACCAUCAGCUUGUUGCGAUGUGAGGUUAGUUUGAGUGUAACGCACCUUAACGUGAGUCAGAAAUCCAACUGUUCAAUUCCUCCAAACUAACCAGCUCACAGGUCUUCACAGACCAGGAAUACACACAACAAGCAUAAUACACGACAGUAAACCACUUAAUGAGGUGAUUUAAGUGGAUUACCUCGUAACUGUGGCGUUAAGAAGACCCUGUGGUGGCUUGAAUAAGAACUUUGUUGGAGACAAUGACCUUAGGUAGAGGAAGCGAGCAUGAGGGCAUGCUGACCACAGCACAAGAAUUUUAAGCAGAACCCAAUAGGAAUAAAUGGCACUUGUGAUAACAUCUCUUCUAACAGUUUAAUCUGAGCCAAUGACAAGUGAUUGUGGUGAACGUUUGGAACAUGUCAGCCUCACCGGCUGUACUGUGUGGGUGACAUGGUCUGCAACAUUCUUUUCUGUUCGGAGAAGUUGCUUGUCUUCACUGAUUAGCCAUCUGCCAUUUUACAACCAGGAAAGGCUCCAAGAUCAGCCCUGACGUCAUUUACACUAAUCCUCUCACCUUUGCGAGAAUGUUCUCCCCCAACAGAACCAAACGCCCACAUAGUCUGUGUGGGUCAACCCGCGAACAUAAAUGUCAUUAAGAAGUGCUUCUCGAUGCUGCAUUUCUGCUUAAUAACGGUAAAUAUUUAUGAUGUUAUAAGCAUGGCGUUGUUUAUCCGGUUCUAAUCCCAUGACCAGUACUCUUUUUUUUUUUUUAAAUUAAAUUGUUUACUCCCAGGAUUAGGUCUCCUAAUGAUGAACACAAUGAGUCAAGUAAAAUCAGUGUGGAUUUGAAAUCUGUUGACGAGCUGUUGUAAUAGGCCCUGAUACUCUGGUCCACAACAGCAUGUGGGCCAUUCAAGCUAAUAGGUGCCAUUUCCUUGUAACGUGCUCAAAGUAAACGUUUUUUUUUCUUGUCUGUUUUAUGUCAAAUCAAAUCUUGUAAUACACGUAUUGUGUAAUGUGUUAGGAUAACAGGACUGAGUUAAAACCUAGGGAAAUGGCUUAAGUGUGCAUUUCAACAUUUUUUAUAAAACUUGGAAUAACCUACAAAAAAAUUUAUUUCUAAUGGAUUUAAAUGAUUAUAUCAGGGAUCCUACACAGGUAGGGAAAAGUAUGAAUUGUUUGGAAAAAUUUGUUUCUCAGAAUGUUUCUCAGAAUAUUAAAACAGCUCUCUUUAUAAAACAAAAAUGUAGGAAUAUCUUGAAAAAAUAUGUCUCAAUCCAUCAUUUUUUCAUUUUUUUUCCUCAAGGUGUUUAAAAGCGUAGCAAUGUUUCUAGAACAACACACAACCACGGUCUUGGCAAUACAUGAUUCUAAUUGGCUCGGAGAAAUUAAAACAUGCACAAUAUCAGAUGAAAAUACACAGCACACCCUUAAAAUGUCUCAACUAGUUGCUGUCAAAAAUAUAAUUGUUCCAAAUUAAUGCACAACAAGUAGAUAAUGAUAAUGAUAAUUAAAUUAUACAACAAAACAUAGCAAACCUGACAGUCGGAUUUUCUGUUAUGAUGAAGUGCUCUGAGGAUAGGAAACAGCAAACUUAAAACAGUGAUUUCAUCAUGGACGUUAUUUGGUGAUUACAACACAUUUGAUGACUGUGAUGCUGCUUAGGAAUUGUGGGGAAAAUUAAGACAAGGAACAAGACAAAAGUUUAACUCCAUAAGAUUUGAAUCAGCUCACAGAGGAGAAGGAUGAAAUUAAUCGGGGCUUUCCCAAUACAGGAACCUGAGCAGGAACUUACUUCGCUACCCUGGUAGCUUGCGUUCCCCCUGUGUCAAAAGAAAAGAAAAAAAAAACCUACCUGUGUGCAGAAGGUUCCACCUGGAUGAAUUCGUUUCUCCUAAUAGUGUCUUAUGAGACCUACCAGAAACUCUUUUUGGGCGGGGCUGCGCUGAUGCAUUUGAUUGGUUGACAGACCUCUGUAGAUUUUUUACUUUUUCAUUCACAGAAACACCAUUAAUGGACGUAGCAUUCCACAAGGCUAGAAAUAAGAGGAUUUAAAUAUCUCCAUUCAUUAUCUGAGCCCCUUAUCCUCAUAAGGGUCAUGGGGGCGCUGGAGCCUAUCCCAACUGUCAUCUGGCAGGAGGCAGGGUACACCCUGAACUGGUUGCCAGCCAAUCGCAGGGCACAUGGAGACAGACAACAGUCGCACUCACAAUCACACCCAAGGGCAAUUUCUCCAGUGAAUGCAGGUUUUUGGGAUGUGCGAGAAAAACCUUGCAGGUACGGGGAGAACAUGCAAACUCCACACAGGCAGACUUGGGACUUGAACCCCUGUCCGCAGAACUGUGAGGCCAACGCUCUAAUCAGUUGCACUUGCGUAUUGCUGACUUGAAUACUAUAUUGAAAAACAAAUACUUCCAAACACUGAUCUUUGUUUUCCCGCUGAGCUACACUUGAUGGACAAGGAGCGUGCCGAAGUCGGCCUUGGCGGCAAGCCGUGGCGGCAGACAUGGUGGCGAAUUCCGCCACUGGAAGGUACGCCGGCGCCACGGGCUGAGCAGUGAGAACCGCCACCGUCCCGGAAGCAAGGUCCACCGCUGGCCGACGCAGUCCCAAUAAGGACCGAAGGGCCAAGCCCAAGUGGGGGGAGUACGUCUUCCUCGGCCUGGCCAGCGGAGAUGCUCUGAAUGUACAAUCCAGUCAGUUGGGGGUAUGAAAAACCUUCCCAGGCUGUAGAAAAAUGGCAUGUUGCUAUUGUGCAAGACAAGUCACCAAUGUGGCCUCAGACAACAGAGGAAAACAUAGCAAAAUAGAUGCAAAUACAUAGUAAGAAGUUAAAUAUUUCAUUACAUCACACAUGGUGAAUAAAAGGAAUGUGAGCAAAUGUUACUCUACAGCUGAAUGCCAAAGCAUUAUGAAAACAUCUCUUCGAAUAAAUUCAUAUUUAAAUGUUAAAGCCUGCAAUAUAGAUGUGAUUUAUUGUUCUCAAAUCUGUUGUAGAACCGUGUAAAAAUUAAGGCCCAUAUCAUAUUUUCCAGUUGAUAAAUAACAUCAAAAGUGUAUUAUUUGACAUCUCAAUAAAAUUUCUAUUUAAAUGAAAAAAUAUUUAAUUUAUAAAAUAUAUCAAAAUAUUCCAAUUUAUUGAAAGGGACCUGUAUCUAAUAAAACACCCUGUCUCAAAGUACCCUGACCCCUUUUUGGAAUAUGUGAGGGAGCGAGGGGAAAUGCGCACAAGCGUGGAGAAGAAAAUGCAAAUGCAACCCAGAAAGCUCAAUGCCAGAUGUAGAUUUGAGUGUGGAUGAUGGUUCAAGUUUUCGUAUGAUGUAAACAAGAUCUAAGCGGAUGAUCUCAUAGUAUGUCUCUC